AUGACUGCGAUGAAGAUUGCAUCUAUCGAAAGUAAACGUGACAAGAAAGGAGCACUCGUGGCUUCUAGUGCCACGAAGAAAGGCACAUCUCAAAUCCAGCCAGAUCAGCCAUCUUCCAGCCAGUUGAAACCUGUCAAUGGAACAAAGUCUCCUGAGGACAGUCAACCCCACCAAGAAGUGAAAAGACCUUCACAAGCAUCAUAUGUACUUGGGCCUGAAUCCGACAUAAUCGACAGAAGCACCCUGGUUCUGACAACUCCACCCGACAUUACCAACAUGCUCUGCUACUUCUACAACGAAGCCUGGUUCAGAGAGCAAGUCAAUUCCGACUACGGUCCACUUCCACCAAAUGAGAAUUCCACUAUAACUUUCUUGGAAUUGUUAGAUAAGAUGAGAGAAGUGAAGGAGGAGGAAGAUUUGAAGUGGAAGUCGGAAAAGAGUCGGAAGAAUCGGAAGAAGAAUUCGAAGAGGAAGUUGUUGAUCAAGUUGAAGAAGAAGACGGGCAAUGCGACUGAUCUUUCCCAGGAACAGACAGGGUGA